AUGCAUUAUGCUGUGGAUUUGUGUUUAAUUCAGAUCGUGAGCAAUAGCACCACACAAUCCACUGACAUCCACUACUGGAUAGGCAACACAUCGUCUCAGGACGAGCAGGGAGCGGCAGCCAUCUAUGUGACCCAACUGGACGAGUAUCUCGGUGGCAGUCCGGUUCAACACCGCGAGGUCCAGGGAUGUGAAUCAGCUAAAUUCAAAAGCUACUUCAAGAAUGGCCUCAUAUAUAAAAAAGGCGGUGUGGGAUCGGGAUUCACACAUGUGGAGACCAACAUGUAUAGCAUGCAGCGCCUGCUCCACGUCAAAGGAACGAAACAUGUGACUGCAAGAGAGCCUUCUUUUAUUCUCAGUGUGUCUGAUGCCAGUGGUCAGCUGUUGGUACAGGAAGUGGCUACCAGUCCACUGACCCAGGAUUUGCUGAGUUCCUCGGAUUGCUAUAUUUUAGAUCAAGGUGGCAGCUCAGUAAUGGUCUGGAAAGGAAAGGCAGCAUCAGAUGAAGAGAGGCGCUCAGCACUGAGUCGGGCGGUUGGCUUUAUAAAAGCAAAGAACUACCCGUCCAACACUAAAGUGGAGGUUAUGAGUGAAGGAGGAGAGUCUGCCAUGUUUAAACAUCUCUUCAAGUCCUGGAAAGAAAAAGGUCAAACUCAAGGACUGGGAAAGACCCACUCCGUCGGAAAGAUAGCUAAAGUGGAUCAGGUGAAGUUUGACGUCAUGGAGCUUCACGCUCAGCCAAAGCUGGCUGCUCAGGAGCGGAUGGUGGACGAUGCCUCAGGACAUAUUCAGGUUUGGCGCAUUGAGAAUCUUGAACUGAAGGAGGUGAACCCAAGCACAUAUGGACAGUUCUAUGGAGGAGACUGUUAUCUAGUGCUGUACACCUACAACAGAGCCAACAAACCACAGUACAUCCUCUACAUGUGGCAGGGUCGCCAUGCUACACAGGAUGAGGUGACGGCAUGCGCUUAUCAGGCGGUGAAUUUGGAUAACAAAUACAAUGGAGCCCCAACACAGGUCAGAGUGGUCAUGGGAAAAGAGCCCAGACACUUCCUGGCCAUCUUUAAGGGCGGGCUCAUCAUUUUUGAGGGUGGGACAGGUAGACCGGGUGUUGUGAACCGUGAUCCAGGUGCCAGACUCUUCCAGGUCAGAGGGACACAUGAGAUGAACACCAAAGCAACAGAGGUGCCCACCAGAGCCUCUUCUCUCAACACCAAUGAUGUCUUUCUGCUCAAAACUGAUCAGAAUGUCUUCCUGUGGUAUGGCAAGGGCUGCAGUGGAGACGAGAGGGAGAUGGGGAAAGCCGUAGCUGAUUUGCUUUCUGAGCAGGACAAGCAGGUUGUGAUGGAAGGACAGGAACCAGCUGCCUUCUGGGUGGCUUUGGGAGGGAAAGCUCCAUAUGCCAGUGACAAGCGACUGGAGAAAGAAGUGGCACCUCACGAACCUCGUCUGUUUGAAUGCUCCAAUCAGACGGGCCGAUUCCUUGUGACAGAGGUGGCUGACUUCACUCAGGAUGACCUGGAUGAGGAUGAUGUCAUGCUUCUAGACACCUGGGAGGAGAUUUUCCUUUGGAUUGGCAACUCAGCCAACCAGUACGAGACUCAGGAGUCCUAUAGCAGUGCAGUGGAAUAUCUUAAAACCCACCCAGCCGGACGGGACCCUGGGACACCGGUCAGCACUGUUAAACAAGGCUAUGAGCCGCCCACCUUCACCGGCUGGUUUAAUGCCUGGGAUGCUCAUAAGUGGAGCGGAGGCCUUUCAUAUGAGGAGAUGAAAAGCAAGCUGGGUGAUAUUUCGCAAAUCACUGUGAAUCUCAACAACACAAACCUGAAUAAGAAGACAGGAGGAGGUGGAGGGAGCUACAGCGCUCCUGGAGGCCCGGGAAAUAUAAAGUCCCAUAAUCAGAGGAUGUCCUCCUCCAUCUCCAGUGCAUAUGUAGACCAGUCUCCCAGCAGAGCAAAGCCUUCUGGGAUGCUACAUUCUGAGCAACUAGUUAAAAAACCUAAUCAGCUGCCUCAAGGAGUGGACCCUGAAAAACGAGAGGAAUAUUUGACUGAUGCAGAAUUUGAGAAUCUCUUCGGCUGCACCCGAGACAAUUUCCAGCGGCUGCCUAAAUGGCGUCAGAACGACCUUAAAAAGAAGGCAGGAAUGUUUUGAGUUGAUUUUGUUAUAAUGAGAUCAAGCCUGAUCUUCAGACCUGAUUAUUGUGCUCCAUGUGUAUUUUGGGCUAGAAGACAGUCACCUAUGCAAUGUUAUAGAUUUAUUUAUUCAUCAAAUAAAUAAAUGUUUAGACUAAAAGCUAACUUGACCUAAUAGAAAUGCUUUGUAAAUAUCUCACAUAAAACAUCAGUCAUGUAGAACAUGUCUACAUGCUUUUUAGUCCUAAUAAAAACACAGUGUAAGCCAAGAAAUGUUUC